AUGCAUUUUCGUACCCGCCCAAAUGGGGCACUUAUGCGUCAUGGGGGAAAAGUUAAGGGUUCUGAGUGUCCCGGCUCUCUCGCCAGGCCUCCGGUGGUGCUAAAACGUAUGUCUUUGGGAAAUGCUGGUAAUCUUUCUAUCAAGAAAAAUCAUGUUGUGCUUGCCCCAAAAUGCGACAUGGCGGAUGAAUUUUUUUCUAGAUCUACCAAUUUUUGUUUGCAUGAUCAUCUUCCCAAGCAGUGCAGACCCAAAUUUAGUCAGGUGUUGGCCAAGGUUUUGAAAGAAAUUAUCGAAAAACUGCUUUCGCCUCCAAGUUGUUAUAAGCUGUUGUUUCUGUCCUCAAUGGUUCUGAGGAGGAGUCCUCGAGGGGGUAAACGUCACAACCCAACAGGUGUUAUUACCCAAAGAUUGGAUGCAUUUGGCGGUUGUUCGGUGGAGAGGAUGGUGAAAUCCUUGGAGCCUGUUGUUAAAUCCAAGAUUGAAAAAGGAAACAUUCGAAACGCGCUACAGCUAUUGUCUUCAACAGAUACAGUUGCACCGGUUACGGAAGAAACCAUAGGUUUCCUAAGGGAGAAACAUCCAAACGCUCCCUCAAACAGAAAGGAAUGUCUACCCCAAGAGGCUUCAAGCUUAACGGUUGAUUCACAACAGGUGCUGCAUUGUUUAAAGUCUUUUCCUAAGGGAACUUCUGGCGGCAGAGAUGGUCUCACGCCUGCACAUCUAAGAGACGUUACGUCUUCAAAAGCAGACUCUUCUGAUCUAGUGAAUUUGAUUGCCUCAUUUGUCAACCUGAUUCUAAGCGGGAACUGUCCGCCAGAGUUACAGGCAACCCUGCCCAUCUCGGUUGGUGGCUUAGGUUUAGGUACCGUGAUGGAUUUAGCACCUUCUGCCUUCUUGGCUUCUGCUGCUGCCACGGUUCCUCUCCAAAAUUUGUUGUUGCCCAGGGAUAAAAUAUAUUCCGACAAUUUCAGAACCCAAGUUUUUGAUGGGUUCCGGACCGUCCACGGAGCGGGGAUUUGUAUCGAAACCCGCUCUCAAAAGGAGUGGAACGCUCCAUUUAUCAGCAGCUCAGUUGCUAAGCUGCUGGAUUUGAUCCAAUCAAAUUUUGAUAAAGCCAGGAUAAUGGCUGUAAAAAGUGAGUUGGGAUCAUCUUGGUUGAAGGCGGUCCCAAAUUCCGCCUGUGGUACCAGUUAUUUCUACUAA